GUCUAGCUAGAGAAUUAGCAAACCCCGGAUAAUCAGCACCUAGCGGUGUCAAUCCCUCUUGUCUACUCUGAUCUAUUUUGCACGCUACAAUGCUAAAGCAGAUUCUAGAAACGAUGUACGUGGACCCUGAACUAUUGUCCGAGCUAUCAGAAGACCAGAAGCAGGCUCUUUACUUCAAAAUGCGUCAAGAACAGAUUCGGCGGUGGAAGUUACGAGAAGAAGAGGUAGCCAAGAAAGGAGGCAAGGAACCGUCCAAGAAAAAGUCAAUUCAAGUAAAAAAGGUUAACAUCCUUACCGAUGCUGACAAUGAGCCAUGGGUAUGGAUUAUGGGGCAACACGAGAAUGACUUGAAUUAUGAAGACAUGGUGGAAGAGCGAAACCGGAUGCUUUUUGAAGCAGAGAAACAGGAGGAUGAACGUAGAGCUGCGGAGCUGGCUGCUCAGGAGAUCCAAGAACUAGCAAGAAAGAAACAAGAAGAACUUCAACGAAAGCAUGAGGAGAUGCAAAGGAAAAUUAGAGAAGAAGAAGAGAAGAGAAGAAAACAAAUUUUUGAAGACCUGGCUGAAAAACAGAAACAGGAUGAGAAUGAGUCUCUUUAUGUGAAUGCAAAAGAGGCAAAACUUGCAGCUGAACGAUUAGCACUUGAACAAAAGAAGCUAGAACAGAAACUUUUGGCCGAGGAAGAGCAACGACUGCAAGAAAUUAAGGACAAAGAAAAGCAAGAAAUUGAGGAAGAAAGGAAACGUCUGUUCUUACUAGAGCAGCAGAAACAGCGGAGAACUGAGGAAAUAUAUAUGUCACUAAAAGAGAUUCGAGAAAAACAACUUCAAGAAGUAGAGCAAGAGCUUACAGCUGAAUGGGAGAAAAGUGAACGGAAAGCAAAGGAGUAUGAAAAAGAGAGACGUAUGUCUGUGCGACGAGCAAGAGAGCAAGCUUCUAAAGAUCUGGCAAGUUUAGCUCCUCCACCACUUCCAGACAGGCCAGUUGGACGGGUUGCCUCUGUUCCUCCUGUACGGUCUUCUUCUCGAGAAUCUAUGCCAAGCCUAGGUGGCACUCUAAGCAGACAACCAGCAGUAAAACGCCCUCCUAAACCUGGAUCAAAGGAUGCUGUCAUAACAUGGUUCAAGCAAACUGAAAUGUUAAGGGGUGUGUUGAGAGACAAGAGUGGCAAAGUAAACAAGUGGUUUCAUGGCAUAUUGACUCGUGCUGAAGCUGAAGAUCUACUGAGUGACAAGCAGUCAGGAACGUUUCUAGUUCGAGUGAGCGAGAAAAUAUGGGGUUACACUAUUUCAGUGAAAGCAAACGACAGAUGCAAGCAUUUCCUCAUUGAUGCUGGUGAGUUGCACUAUCAGUUUUUUGGUGACAAUCAACAUGUGCAUUUCAGCUUGGUCGACUUGUUGGAAUAUCAUCGAACACAUCCUAUCUCUUCAGCUGGACAAGAGCUACUGCAGAUUCCUCUAGGACAACUAAACGAUCCUCCUGAUUAUCAAGAACUUAUUUCAUAGAAGAGCUGGACAUAAACUGAUACUUGCAGUCAGAGAUCUAAUAAGCCAGUUUUGAUGUAUCUGCUUGAUGCAUUUUUAGAAUUCAACUGUGGGCAUUGUUCAUGUAGAUGAGUCAAUUUAGUGGAACGAUAGGAUAAUCUGAGCCAGCUCAGGCGAUUAAUUAAAGAACUCUCUUUCUAAUAGCUAUGCAUUGGUAUGACUAUAAGGCUGUAUAUAAGGGUGAACAAUGAGCAGUGGUUGCAUUAU